AUGAAACAAUGGAUUAGAAAUUCAUCAUCAUCAUCCUCAGAAGAUUGUGAUGAGCCGCAACAAAAUUGGUUGGCACCAAUGCCUCAAUCGAUGAAAUGUGAUAAUGAUGAUGAUGAUGAUAAUAUGCAAACUGACACUGAUGAGAUUGAUGACAAGUUGGAUAAUGCGGCAUCAAAUCAUCAUCAUUAUGGGCCUCUUCCGCUUACUACUACUACUGAAUCGAAUAAAGAAUCUUUCUCGCCAUUGAAGAAAUCAUCUAUGCCUUCAACUGUGUCGACGACUGGUGCUUACUAUGAAAAAUGGUUGAUUCCUGGUCUUUGAAUAUGUCUGUGACAGUCGUUGUCAUCAGUUUAUUUCCACUUAGAAACUAGUCAUCCAUCCAUCCGUUUGCAUGAUUUUUUGACUUGUUCAGAUCGAUAACACUGAUUCUUUUUUUUGUUUUUGUUUUUCUUUUAAAACUUUUAAAUUUCUCAUCUAGUUUGUCCUUACAAUCACAUACACGCACACAUCCACACAUACAUACAUACAUACCGCCGAAAACG